AUGGCGACCACCGUGGCCUUGCUGCUCUGGGCAGCUUCUCAAGUUACUGCAGUCGACCUCAAAUUAUGCAACAAGACUAUUACGAACGGCCUUUUGAAUCAAUCCAUCAACCCACAUGACAGCAUUUUCUUCUACCAUGAAGGCAAACCCAUGUCUGAGCCGGGCCACCUCAAACUUACCAUCGACGGAUGCCACAAAAUGUGUCCAGAAGCAGACUUUGGCUUGUAUGAAGACAUGUGGCCUCGCAUUCUCACCUGGUUGCUUCCCGCGUUGCUGCUUGUGGGUAACCUCCACGUCGCCCGGGUUGGAACUGUCAAUCGCUUAUUUGCCAUGCUGCAUUUUAUGGGCGACCCCAUCGACUCUCUCUGGUCGCUACUCACUAAAGCCGAAGUCUGGAAUCGAUUUUAUGCCAUAGCUCUGCGGGCAACUCCCCGUGGACCUGACUAUGAGGCUUCGGCUCGCGCUUUGGCGGCUAUCCUAUCGGCAUUCGAGGAACUCACCAACGAUAUGCCGUCGGUCAACAGAGAACUUGAAAACCUCGUGAAUGAGAACGGAGCACGUCUUGCAAAGCAAGACAUGGAUCAUAUCCUAUUGGAAGCCGCAGAGGAGCUGGUCGAUAGCCGUUCCAACGAGGUCUUGCGAACGUGCGUCGUUAUCAUCAACUAUCUUUGUUCUGUUCUCAGUGCCCUUAUCCCCGAAAUUGGCGGAGAACAAACAAGUCAACCUGGUGGCCGAAUCGGUACUGCCAUGUUCUUGUCCUGGCUCGUCACAAUCGUCAUGCUCAGCAACACGCUUUCCGGCUUCGUGUCUCGUCGAACAUGCCUGCGCAUCAUGGAGCGAUACUGCCGAACACUCAAAGGCAAGAAGCGAGAUCAGCACAUCUUUCCGAACAGCCCGAUGCUAGUGUCUAAGAUCGCUUGGCUUGCCAAUAGACGCAGGAGUAGCGUCGUCGACUUUAUCGAUGCACAGCCAUGGACGGGUAGCCUGUACAACUUUCGACCGAAGAAGGUCCUUAUUGCUGGUGGCCAGGAUGAUCGAUCACCCUUCUACCUAUUCAUGCUAUCUCUCGCACCGGUACUGAUAGCUGCGACCUGCGCCUUAGUCCUACUAUGGUUCACUCCUACUGUGGGGUUGGAUUGCCGCAGUCUCUGGGUCAUAUCGUGCGCCUUUGCGUUGAUAUUGAGCCCUGGCUUGACGUGGCUGAUUCAAGUAUUUUUCAAGGGCCAAGUGGCUUGGUACUUGACAGUUGCCAAAGACACGGGGUUGGGGAUACCCAUUCUAAUUGUUAUUCUUUGCUCCUCUAUUGGGGUGUUUAAUACAUGCACAUGCUGGAGCGGCGUGUUCUCCAGGGGAGCUGCGCGUGCAUAUAUCACCCUCGACCCCUUGGCUGACCGAAAAUACAACGCCAAACAUAUUUACCCCGCUAUGGUAGCCACUUGCCUAGGCCUGCAGCUGGUUGUGUAUGGCCUUAUGUUCAGAAUUAUGCGACCAGGAGCAAAGGUUUUCCGUCCCGACGAAGAUACCAAGAUGGACAUUUACCGGCGUGUUCAUGGCCUCCACUCGCCUGGAUCAGAACUCAACAGCACACCUGGCCGUGAUACGGGCUCUGGAUACUCGCCUUGGGGGCGUCCCAGGGGAUCUGCUGCAAGCAGUGAAUUUGGGGAGCUUUUGCUGCCACCGCCUGCCAUGAGCCCCAAAUCUAGCCCGCAACGUCUGCCAUCGAUUAGCGAUAGCCAGAUAUCGCUACAACCUGUGUCACCGGUGGAUUAUUUCCGUCUUGAUGAGAAUAACGGAAGGUCGGAAAGUGUUAGCUCAUUUGGAGGCUCGCCGCGGACGAGGUCAGAGCAGCCACUUCUGGGUUCCUCUGGUCCGAGAUACUAG